AUGUCAUCGACAUCCGCAGUCGGACCCCGCCGAAAGCUCGUGGGCACGAGCCUGAAGAUGUACUUUGACCUCACCAAAACCCUAACCUAUGCCGCCGACCUCGCUGCCAUUUCGUCCUCAGCAGCAAAAAACAACAUUGAUCUCUUCGUCAUCCCAGACUUUGUGUCUUUGUUGCCUGUCAAGGAUGCGCUAAAGGGCACUGAGGUGCAGCUGGGUGCUCAAGAUGCGUUUUGGGAGGAUGCGGGGGCGUUCACCGGAGAGGUUUCUUGUAGGACGUUGAAGCAGGCUGGUUGCAGCAUUGUGGAAUUGGGACAUGCAGAGCGUAGACGUCUGUUUGGAGAGACUGAUGCUACUGCUGCGAAGAAGGCUGCCGCUGCGUGUAGGAAUGGUUUGAUCCCUUUGGUCUGCAUUGGCGAAAAGACACAUGGCAAGAUCGCUUCUCAGGCCGUGGGUAUGGCUAUCGAGGAGUGCAGACCUCAGGUUAUGAGUCUACUGCAGGCCGUUCCGGAUGAUGCUGAGAUCGUUCUUGCUUACGAGCCUGUGUGGGCCAUUGGAGCAAGUGAACCUGCAGACCCUGAUCAUGUUGUUGCUGUGACGCAGCAGAUCAGGAAGAUGGCCGAGGGACGCAAAGGUCUGACAAGGAUCUUGUAUGGCGGAAGUGCCGGUCCAGGAACGUACGACAGACUCAGAGAGGGUGUUGAUGGUUUGUUCUUGGGACGCUUCGCUCACGAUGUGAAGAAUCUCGUGCAAGUCAUCAAGGAGAUGAGUGAUUGA